UCCGUUAAAAGGUUUCCUUUUCCUCUCCCUAUUUUUUGAAUAAAAUUUAUUUCUCUUGCUAGAGUUUCGAUCCAUAUUUAUUUUUGGGUUUAAAACUUCGAGUUCAUCCUACGAAAACGAGUAUUGAUCUUCAAGCAGGCAAGUUUCUCUUUUAUCACGCCGUUAAUAAUUGAAAUAAAUAAUUUUACUGAUUUUUUUUAUGGGUUGGGUUUUGUAGGUGAUUGAUAACUUUUUUGUGGAUGCAGGUUUUGGGAUGGCUACUGGCAGUAACAUAGAUAUGCUACCGACUAUAGAUAAUGGUUUACAAAGACCUAGUGGGAAUUUGGAAGAUAGUUUGACUGAGUUAGAAUUGAUGUUGCAAGCACAUCGUAAUCAACAAUUUGUGGGUCAUGGAAGGGAUCUUAAUAUAUAUAGGAGUGGCAGUGCUCCACCCACAGUCGAGGGAUCACUGAGUGCUGUUGGUAGUCUUUUUUCUAAUAUUGAUUUUCGAGACAUUAAUGGUAUCACUGGUGUUAGCAGCAAUAGUUGCAAUAAUGGAAUGUCUGAAGAUGAGAUUCGCUUGCAUCCUGCAUAUCUUUCAUAUUAUUACUCUCCUGAAAACAUAAAUCCGAGGCUGCCUCCACCAUUGUUAUCAAAAGAGGAUUGGCGUGUUGCACAAAGGUUUCAGGCCGGUGGGUCUUCCCUUGGGAGCAUCGGGGACUGGAGAAAGAAAAAGUUCGAUGAGGGUGGCGAUAGUUCAUCACUAUUUUCAGUGCAGCCUGGUCUUUCUGCUCAACAAGGAAAAAGUGAUUUGCUGGAGCUAAGGAGUGUCAAUGCAAAGAAUUUUCCCAGGAAGCUGUCAGAUGACUGGCUUGAUAAAGGCUCGGACAGUUUUGUUGGGUUUUCUGGUUCUGGGCUUGGUGCAAGGAGGAAGAGUUUUGCCGACAUUCUUCAGGAUGGACUUGAUAGACCUGCCACCUUAUCAGGUCACCGUUCACGUCCAGCAAGUCGUAACGCUUUCAGUGAAAUGCUAGAUGAACCUAGAAUUGCCGAUUCUGGACCACCAGGUUUUUUUAAUGGACUGGAGUCAAUGGAGAGCUUUCCUGCUGGAGUAGCUCAUCCAGGUAUGAUUGGAGUUCAGAGCCAUGGUAAAAUCACUUCUAACUCUUUUGCAUCUGUUGUGGGUGCAUCCUUAUCGAGAAGUACAACCCCUGAACAGCAUUUGGUUGGGAAGUCUCCUGGUGCUGGACUUCCUCCUGUUGGAAGCAAGAUCAGCCACACAGAAAAAAAGAAUAUUAUCGGAUCUAAUGUCCAAAAUGGGCGUUCAACUGCUGUGCCUGAACUUACUGAAAUUGCAGCCACAUUAUCUGGAUUGAGCUUGUCGAAAACUGGAAAUGUAGAUAAGAAUGCUCAUAUGCGUUCUCAUAGUCAGGCUGAUUUGGAUAAUAAGCUGGACUUUUCAUUCAACAUGCCCAUUCAGAGUGUGCAGCAGCAAUUCAUCGACCAGUCCAAUGCAGAAAAACUCCCAUUUUCUACAAACUAUGUUGACUCCACUAGGAAAAAGGGGAUUGCACCGAAUGUUAUUCCUUCUAAGAUUAUUUCCAACGGGAAAGUCAGCCUUCCCAGAAGAACAUCCUCUUCUGCAGAUCUUUAUGCAAAAGCGCAUUCAGGACUUGGACUUUCAGAAAGAUCUGAUGUUGGUCAGCCCAAUGUGAAUCUUGCAAACACAGAUUUCACUGGCCACUUACCUGCUACUUAUUCUGUUAACCAGAAGUUGAAUUCAGUGAUUAAGAGCCAUUUAAAUGCAGGCUCCUCUUUGACUGGUACUGGUGAUAGAGGAAGUUUAAGUGGAGCUGGAAUUCAAGGGUCUGAUCCUUUUCCACUUAUAGAUCCUCGAUAUAUCCAAUACCUGCAAAAAACUUCUCAGUAUGGGACGCUUGCUGCAGCUACUUCUAGUUCUCUGCUUGCUGGGAACUAUGCUGGUACUUUACAAGGGGAUUUGAAUGGCCUUCAAAAAGCAUAUAUGGAAGCAGUAUUAACCGAACAGAAGCAACAGUAUGAAUUGUCACUUUUGGCCAAGGCUGGUGGUCUGAAUCAUGGCUAUUAUGGGAAUCCCUCAUAUAGUCUUGGCAAGCCAUUUACUGGAAAUCCACUGGAAAUUUCUGUACUCCCGUCCAUUGGUUCUGGAAGUAUACAGAAUGAUAGAAAUGCACAUUUUAAUUCAAUGAUGAGAAACUCGGUAGGGGGUUGGCAAUCGGAUAUUAGUAAUAUUGCAAAUGGAAGAUACAUAUCAUCUUUAUUAGAUGAAUUUAAGAACAACAAGACCAGGUCUUUUGAACUCUUAGAUAUUGUUGACCAUGUUGUUGAAUUCAGUACGGACCAAUAUGGUAGUCGCUUUAUUCAACAGAAAUUGGAAACUGCCACGGAGAAAGAGAAGAACAAAAUAUUUCCUGAGAUUAUUCCUCAUGUUCGUGCUUUGAUGACUGAUGUUUUUGGAAAUUAUGUCAUACAGAAAUUUUUCGAGCAUGGUACAGAAAGUCAAAGAGCAGAGCUAGCCAGUCAGCUUACUGGUCAUGUGUUGGCUCUCAGUCUUCAAAUGUAUGGUUGCAGAGUGAUUCAGAAGGCUUUGGAAGUGGUUGAUGUGGACCAGCAGGCUAGAAUGGUAGCUGAACUUGAUGGCUCAGUCAUGAAAUGUGUUCGUGAUCAGAAUGGUAAUCAUGUUAUACAGAAGUCUAUCGAGUGUGUUCCUCGGGAUCAAAUUCAAUUUAUAAUUUCAGCUUUCUAUGGCCAAGUUGUGGCACUUUCUACCCACCCUUAUGGGUGUCGUGUCAUUCAGAGGGUGCUGGAACAUUGCAAUGAUGUGAAAACCCAAGAAAUCAUCAUGGCAGAGAUCAUGCAAUCUGUAUGCACUCUAGCACAAGAUCAAUAUGGGAAUUAUGUUAUUCAGCAUGUUCUUGAACAUGGUAAGCCACACGAGAGAUCUGCUAUCAUCAGCAAGCUUGCUGGACAAAUUGUGAAGAUGAGUCUGCAGAAAUUUGCUUCUAAUGUUGUUGAGAAGUGCUUGACUUUUGGCGGGCCUGAGGAACGUCAAUUUUUGGUCAAUGAGAUGCUUGGUUCAACUGAUGAAAAUGAGCCAUUGCAGGCUAUGAUGAAAGAUCAAUUCGGAAACUAUGUCGUGCAGAAGGUUCUCGAAACUUGCGACGACAAGAAUCUGGAGUUGAUCCUUUCUAGAAUCAAGGUUCAUUUAAAUGCCCUGAAAAGGUACACUUACGGCAAACAUAUCGUUUCUCGUGUUGAGAAGCUUAUUGCAACUGGUGAAAGGCGCAUAGGAUUACUAUCCUCAUUGGCCUCCUGAAUAAUCUGUAUAUGUAACCAUAAAAGGCACUUUUUCUCCACUGCCAUAACGGCUGCAAGUAGAUGCAGUUUGUACAGAACGACAUAAAAAGGUGAUUAUAGUAUUCGUCAUCUUCAUUACCUUAUUCUCUGCAAUAUAUAUAGAUAACCAUAAUUCUAGCCAGUCUGCAGAAUAAGAUCAUUGUCGAUAUUUUUAUUGUAUAUUUUCCGCACUAUUAUAGCUCGAAAAAAAAAAGCCUUCACUGGAGGUCGUUUCAGACGAACAAGAUCAGAUUAUGGCUUCCAUUUUUUCCGAUAUCCAAUCCGUAAGUAGAUAUAGGUGCCAUAGAUUGUGAAGCGUAAGUUUGGUUGUAAAUGCUUUAAAUAAACAGGUAGAGUCCCGAUUUUCAAUGAUAAUUUUUGCUUGCAUAUA